AUGUAUGAGCCUCUGGGGGUGCUCUUUUCGCAUUCGUCGAGAUAUCUUGGCGAGAUGAUCUAUCAGAUGCUGAACUGCCUCCAUGAUCUGCGCUACAGAGCGCUGAUACUGCAUCGAGAUGUCAGCUUCAACAAUAUCAUGGUGCUCAGAGACGAGCCGGACGGUAAGCCGCUGUUCAUCCUCAAUGACUUCAACCUCGCCACUCGCGCGACGGUAGACGGAAAGCUCGAGGGGGGCCCGAUAUCGAAGCAUCGCACCGGAAUGCUCCCAUUUAUGUCGUAUGAGCUCCUGCACGACAUGUGGUCGACCUAUGAAGCUGUGUGA